CUUCACAAGAAACGCGACUUGGACGCAAUCGCACUCGACGUCAAGUCAUUCUUUAGUCAGUUUCAUUAUAAAGAUGAUCAAGAAUAGUUGCCUCAUACUAAUCAUGAUAUCGAUAUCAGCGAGUUUAUCGGCGGGUCAACCAGUACCGGAGGAUUCCGAGGAACUGGAUCAGAAUAAGGAUGAGAAAAGCCUCUUUAACUUACCCUUUCUCCAGUUUAAGAAUGGGGGAGUGAGAGUAAAUUUCGCGGGAUAUCACGCAGAAGCCGGGUUAGGGGGGCUGCUAGGAGGUUCUGGAACUAGGGGAGGGCUUUAUGCAGGUGUUGGCACACCGUUUGGACCUCAUGCCUCUGCUGAACUCGGGGGAGCACUGGGGGGCGACAAAGCAGGUACAACGGGUGGAUUGAGGACUCGUGCGGGCUUAGGAAACGGUCUACCCGAGGCAGCAGCUGGACUGGGGGGUAAUUUAGAUGGAUCAAACGUUGGUGGCAAUGGUGGUCGGCUCUAUGCCGGGGCAAGCAAUGGUUUGAACACUCGAAUCAUAACAAAAGACAUUGGUAUACCUCCCAUUGAUCAGUCCAAUAUACAAGUGAUUCCAAAGAAGGCUACUAUAAGUCAGACAGCCACAGCUUCUGGGGAGGGCACACCUGAAGUGGGAGUCAUCCGGCGAGAAAUUAAUACUGAGGAUGAGAGAGCUAACGCGGUGGAACCUAUUUCAGUAGCUGUUGUCAAUGACGCACCUCAUUAUGCAUAUCCCUCGAGGCGGUGCCGCAGGAAGAGACUCUGUACCAAUUUUGCCAUGAAAACGCUGAGCCAACAACAAUAUUCAGGUAAUGUACUCAACCCGGAUUUAGGUCUUGAGAGACCUGUUCCAGGACUCGUUGCAGGUAUAGUUGAGAGAAGUGCAGGCUCCGAUAUAUCUGCUGGAGCCUCUACUGGAGUUUCUACUGAUGCCACUAGUUACAAAGGUGUUGCCAUGGCCCCGGCCGGCACACCAAUAUUAUCACCACCAGGGAAGCGCACUCUUUUUGACGACAUAUUCAAUAUUCCUAUUGCAACUUUGACAGCAGUAAACCAGUUGCUGAAUAGCAAAUUGGGCUGAUUCAGUAUUAAUAAUAAUAAUAAAGACACAAAAAAUUGAGUAUCAAUCAUGGUUAAUAAGCUUUGCUAAUGGCAGGACCAUAUAAUAUAUUCUUAAUUCCGAGGUAUGAUGAGGGAGACAAAAAAUGUUUUUUCUUGUAUUUUAGUAUUUUAUAAAUGUAGUUGUUAACGUUGGCCCAAUGAUUGUAUUAAGAUAGAAAAAUAAAUGAUGAUGAUUGGGAA